UUUCCUUCUCUCAAUCCAUUCGUGUUUUUGUUUCUGAUUCAAUGCAUUUCUUUAGAAAUCCACCUUCUACGCCUUGAGAUUUUGAAAUAUUUUAGCUUUUAUUCAUUCAUGCAAGUUUCGCAUUGCUGUUUCAGUAUUUAUCAACAUGCCUUUAAUUUUCCAGCCACCUCUUUAUGUGAACAAAGUUUUAGGUUUCUACGAUGCAAUUAAUUUUUGGGGUAAAACACUAUUCAGGUCUUGAGAAUUCCUAAGAUUUCAAUUUGUUAAUUAUUCUUGUUCAGAGUCCGAAAAGUUGUUUGGCUUAAUGAUAAUAUUAAGAUGGAUAAUUGAAUUGAGAACUGUAAUCUGUCGUUUUCAAUUCAAUAGCAGAUUUCUCAGCUCUCUGCUACAACGAAUCUACUUCUGAUGGAUUAAAUUUCAAUCGUUGUGUGUUUGAACACUGAAGUUCAUUAAUAAUAAAAUGGUAGCAAGGAGUUGGAGGAACCUUCUACACUCAUAACCCCCUCCUGUUCAGUGGUUUCGGGGCAGGGGCUAGUCUGAUGGAGCUCAGGUCCAUCGAAAAGCUCCACCAGGCUUUUUCAUUUGAUUUUUGUUUCUUCCUCUUAUACUAAUUUUUUGAGCUGCGUGUACUAAUCUCAUGACGAUGACAAUUGUGAGGGGAACUCCAAUGUAUUCUUCUGUGACCCUCUUCUGUCGAAGAUUUGCCCAAUUCCGAAACCUCUCCUCUGAGACCAAACUAGGGUAUCAUGAUCUUCCCACCGAAAACCUUGAUGCUAAAGAUUGCAACUUUAUCCAGGAAAUUUGUAGGAUUACACGAACAGAGGCCCGAUGGGAGGACACCCUUCUUUCCCUGUAUCCAUCUUUCAAUUUUUCUGAACCCUCGUUCUUCCUCCUUUAUCUUAACCACCAGAACAAUGCCUUCCUCUCCCUCCGUUUCUUUCACUGGCUGUGCUCUUCUUGUGGUUUCUCACCUGACCAAUCAUCUUGCAAUGCCCUCUUCUGUGCGCUUGUGGAUGCUGGAGCCUGCAAAACAGCAAAGUUAUUGCUUGAUUACCCGAGCUUCACUCCGGAGCCUGCUUCCUUGGAGUGUUAUAUUCAGUGUCUCGGAAGGGCUGGGAUGGUUGAAGAUGCAGUUGAUAUGUUGAAACAGGUUGGGUUUUGCCCCUCCGUAGCAACUUGGAAUGCAUGUCUCUUGAGUUGCUUGAAGGCUGGGAGGACUGAUUUUGUCAGGACAUUGUAUGAACAGAUGGCGGAAUCCGGUGUUAUUAAUGUGGAAACUGCUGGAUAUAUGAUAAUGGCAUUCUGUGCAGAAAACAAAGCUUUGAAAGGGUAUGAACUUCUUAGGGAACUUCUGGAAAAUGGCUUACUUCCUGACAAUGUUGUUUUCAAUGCACUUAUUAGGGGGUUUUGUAAGGAGAGACAAUAUGCUCGAGUAUCUGAGAUCCUUCAUAUUAUGAUUGCCAAACAAUGCAAUCCCAAUAUCUUUACUUAUCAAGAAAUCAUAAAUGGACUCCUGAAAAGGAAGAACUCUGAGGGUUUCCGGGUAUUUAAUGAUCUCAAGGACAGAGGUUAUUUUCCAGACAGGGUUAUGUACACAACUGUGAUCAAGGGUCUCUGUGAGAUGGGAAUGCCCGGGGAAGCUAGGAAAAUGUGGUUUGAGAUGAUUAAAAAAGGAUUUCAGCCAAAUGAAUACACCUAUAAUAUAAUGAUGCAUCAGUAUUUUAAGAUUGGUGAUCUUGUUAGCGCAAGGAAGAUCUUUGAGGAUAUGUGCAGCAGAGGUUAUGCAGAAACCACAGUUUGCUAUACCACAAUGAUUUCAGGUUUGUGUUUGCAUGGAAGAACAGAUGAAGCACAUAGCUUGUUUGAAGAAAUGGUUCAGAAGGGCAUUGUUCGUGAUUUGAUUACAUACAAUUCUCUUAUUAAAGGCCUGUGCAAGAAUGGGGAGCUGGUUCAGGCAACAAAAUUAUUAAAUGAACUGCUGGCACAUGGAUUAAAGCCGUCAGUUUCCUCUCUUAAUCCUCUUAUUAAAAGAUUAUGUGAAGAAGGAGACACACAGGGUGCGAUUAGGCUGUGGGAGGAUAUGCAGGAUAAGCAUUUGCAACCAAUAGCCAGUACGCAUGAUUAUAUUAUAACUGGGUUAUGCAAAGAAGGACAUUCUCUGCAGGGAAUGGAACGGUUGCUAAACAUGUCGAGUUGGAAGCUGAAACCCCAGGAACAGACUUUUGAGUUCCUGAUUAACAGUCUAUCACAAGAAGAUAGGUUGGAUGACAUUUUGGUUGUUUUAGAGUUCAUGUUUAGAAUAGGAUAUAGACUAAAAGAAAGCACAAUUCAUUCUUUGGUGAGUAAAUUUAGCAGGGGUGGUUUUCAUUUUCCUGACUUAUGUUUGGAGAAGAUCAUAGAAAGGAAUUGAUAUAACUUAUAAAACAGCAGAGUUAUCUAUUUGGAUUAAAUGUCUUCUCCAGUCCUCCUUCACAAGAACAAUUAAACCUCCCUUCUUUAGUGUAGAAAUUGAACUAAAUAUUCAUGCUUGAAUAAACUCUGAAUUGAGAGUCUAGAUAUGUGUGGAGUUUGAUUGCGGAACCAAAGAUUUGAUGUUGUAUGCCUAACAGGAAAACUAUUCAAGAAUUAAUUUCUUUUACUUACGAGCAGACUAUGUA